AUGACUGUUCAAGCUUUAGUACGUGCUGCAUAUGGUGAUAUAGCAUCAUUCAACGAUCUACAACCAGAUGAAUUUGAUAUUUUGCUAGAUUAUUUAGUAGACGUUCAUGAACUUCAUCCAGCAACUAUUUUUACAAAUAGUCAAACAAUAAAAAAUUCAUUACAAUUUACAGACGAAGCUCGAGUACGUGCUGAAAAUUAA